GUGAUCAGCAGCUGGACUGUGCCUUGGACCUAAUGAGGCGCCUGCCUCCACAGCAAAUUGAGAAGAACCUCAGCGAUCUGAUCGACUUGGUCCCGGGUCUGUGCGAAGAUCUCCUGUCCUCUGUUGACCAACCACUGAAAAUUGCCAGAGACAAGGUGGUGGGAAAGGAUUACCUUUUGUGUGACUACAACAGAGAUGGGGACUCCUAUAGGUCACCAUGGAGUAAUAAGUAUGACCCUCCUUUGGAAGAUGGGGCCAUGCCAUCUGCUCGGCUGAGAAAGCUGGAGGUAGAAGCCAACAAUGCCUUUGACCAGUACCGAGACCUGUAUUUUGAAGGUGGCGUCUCAUCUGUCUACCUCUGGGAUCUGGAUCAUGGCUUUGCUGGAGUGAUCCUCAUAAAGAAGGCUGGAGACGGAUCCAAGAAGAUCAAAGGCUGCUGGGAUUCCAUCCACGUGGUGGAAGUGCAGGAGAAGUCCAGUGGUCGCACCGCUCAUUACAAGUUGACUUCCACGGUGAUGCUAUGGCUGCAGACCAACAAAUCCGGCUCUGGCACCAUGAACCUCGGAGGCAGCCUUACCAGACAGAUGGAGAAAGAUGAAACCGUGAGCGACUGCUCCCCACACAUAGCCAAUAUUGGGCGCCUGGUAGAGGAUAUGGAAAAUAAAAUCAGAAGUACGCUGAACGAGAUCUACUUUGGAAAAACAAAGGACAUCGUCAACGGGCUGAGGUCUGUGCAGACUUUUGCAGACAAAUCAAAACAAGAAGCUCUGAAGAAUGACCUGGUGGAGGCUUUGAAGAGAAAGCAGCAGUGUUAAACCUCUCUUCAUGCUAACCGGACACGCCAUGCACUCAUUAGAUCCUUUCUUAGAAAACUCGUUUUCUGCUCCCCCUCCCUUGUCCCUUCCCUCCCUGACAGGUCACAUAACAACUUGCAUCAUCCACCGACCGCACAGCGCCAUCUCUCCCUGAGAAUAAAGCCCGAUAAACACCCUUCUCCGGCUCCAAGGCCUGCUUCCCACCACAUUUUGCUAUUCAAACUCUUUGGUAUUUCCAUAAAGACCGUGUGUUUUUUUGUUCACCCGGGUCCCUCCUGUCUUCCACCCCCCCCCCAUUUAUAGGCAUAAAAUACACUGUCAGCCUCCCCUUCCCUGCCACCUUUUUGUUACAUUGGUGUAAAAAAUGUAAAACAAAAAAAUUUUAUGAAAUAACUGUGGUGUGUGAAAGAUAGAAGAAAAACUGGAAAUCUGAUUCCACGUGUGUUUGGGAGUUGCUUGGGGUUGGGGUGGGGGGGACAGGGGACAGCUCUGGGAGAGAGGUGGGGCCCUCGGCAUUGUCCUGCGCAGACCUGCCCCUGUCCCGCGGAGACCAUGGUGUGGGCGUCGGGGUGGGGGGCUGCCGACCGUUCUGCAAUUCUGGCCAGGUGCUUUUCUGUCGAUUUUUAUGGAAUGCAAAAGGAGUUUUUUGUUUUAUUUUGUUUUUUUUGUAAAGCUUAAAAGAAAUCUACAUCUUAUACUUGAGCCUCCAUACUUAAAAAAAAAAGGAAAAAAAGAACAAAAAAAUCAAUAAAAAGAAACUGGGACGCAGUU